CCUGAAGAGCAUGCAACAGAAUCCUGUCCAUUUGUCCUGACAUCUGUUACUUUCAGAUCCAUGCUGGUACUGACUAGCUAACUUCACCUUAGUUAGAAACGUUAGUUAACAGCUCCACUGCUCUCCAAAUUUCACUAAACUAUUAAGCUUCUUUUCAACGAAACAUAACGUGAACUCCGCCCGAGCUGGUCUAGGCUAUAUCGCGCAGACUGUAGCCUACCUUAUGAAUGUGCGUGUGUGACGUUGGGGACGCAAAACACAGCAUUAGCAAAGCACAGGAUAGACCUGUUAUGUAGGCCUACAAAGCUAACAUAUCCUGUGUCAGUUUGAAUCUCAUCUCCUCUAUAGUAUUUUAGAUAUUUUCAAUAAGUUCAGUAUUCACACCAAUGCGCAACAAUUCUGGAAAUGGUUUGGAAAAAUUAAUGAUGGAAAAAAGUUAUUAAUUGUGAAAUUACGCAGGCUGGAAUGCAUGUCACGGACCACCUGCAAUGACGCCGUGGACCACCGGUUGAAAACCGUUGAAAACCUCUGAGCUAAUCGAUGCAGACGUAGACGCUCCAUAUCAUCGACUGUAUCCAUAUCCUCGAUCGAUAAAUAGGUACUCGCUUGUUUUAGGCUGGCUCUCAGCGCGAGAGUCGACAGGCUGUUGACAUUUACUAGGGUCACCAAGUAGAAAGAGGUACUAGCAGUUUGCACUGCAAAAACAAAGAUUGUAGAUAUAAAGCUUAACAGUUCCAACGUUCCAGAAAUCUCAAGCAAUUCUAAAAAAAUAUAAUGUUCGCUCAAAGUAUCAAAAAGUUUGUUUCUUUUCGAUGUAUCGCGCGCAGCGGGGUUUGGAUCAACAUCCCACAGACAUCCACCAACAUCGCUGUAGGUAGUCAGGCAAACACGUUCCACGCAUGUAAUUGCCAGUUGGGAAGUAACAAAUUGAUGAAAAUGUUAAAAGGAGAAAGGUCGAAGAAACAGUGGUACGAUACUCCGCCUCAGAAGCCACCGGGCAGCCACAGUAUCCUUAAACUAUCCAAGAAGCGCAACCCAGAAGAGAACUCACGGCUUCGUGUGCUGAAUGGCAUUCUCUUCAAGGCGAUUUCUGACUUGCUGGCUUCGCACGAAAUCAGUCCAGAACUACCUCAUCUAAAUGUGGAGAUUUCUAAGGUAUCAUUGUCUCCUGAUUAUUCUGCAUGUCGGAUCUAUUGGAAGACUUGUGGCACUUCGGAGAGGGAUGCCCAAAUUCAACAACUUCUGGAUAAAAGUGGCCCUCGUAUUAGGUAUCUUCUUACAUCUCAGCAAGUCCUUGGAAGUGUCCCUGCUAUAGUUUUCAUCAGGGAUAAACAAUAUGCUGCUCUUAAUGAGAUUGAUAACCUAUUGAAGGCAGCUGACUUUGGUCCAGAUGAAGAGUGGAUAGAGACAGCCAGUGUGAAGAAGAGUGGGGUUAAGUCACACUCAUCGGACCAUGCUGACCACCAGCAGCAGCUCUCCGAGAGGAAGGGGCCUGUGCUUUUUGGGGUGGACCACGAUGCCCUCCUCAAGCAGAUCGAGGAAUAUAAACAGCAGGCCCGAGACCCCCUCCCUCUGGCCUCUACUGCGGCCCUAACACAGCAGCAGCUGGACGCUGUCGCAGAGUUCAGGAAGCACAAGCUGAUCGAGAAGAAAAUGAAGAAAUCCAAAAAGAUGAUCGAUGACGACAUCACGCCCAAAGCGUAUUUGCUGGCUAAACAUAGUGAGCAGAAACCGCUGGAGGACUUGGAUGAUGACCGUCAUGAAGAUAAUCAGAUCAGCGAACUCAUGGCUGAGGACAAUAGGAGGCCUUGAGUUGUGUUUGUGUCACAAUGCCAUGCUGCUCCUGAAUCACAAAACUAUCCUAACUGGAUCAUAAUGUAUUCAGUAACAUCAGUUUGUGUGUGAAAGAUCUGUAAAUAUGUACUUUGUAUGCGUUUAGAGAGUACUUAAAUUAAAUAUAACAUUCUUGUAUUUUUCUUGACAUACCCUUGGAGUUUAUUUACAAAAGGCUCUGUGCUAUCAACAAAGGCCAAUACACAGGAUGCAUAUUUAAAAUAUGCUAUGAAAA